AUGGAACUGAUGAUGAGCUUCGGCGGUAGAGUCAAAGGAGAAGACGGCUUUCCUGCGGUUAAAAUGGAAGACAUGGCCCUGAGAGAGGCGGCGUCUGCGGGGAUUCACGGCGUGGAGGAGUUUCUUAAACUGAUGGCACAAAGUGAAACGACGGAGAAUCAGACGGAGAUAACGGCGGCGGCGGACGUGGCCGUGAACAGCUUCAAGAAGGUGAUUUCUCUGCUCGGUAGAUCUACAAGCGGACACGCCAGAUUCAGGCGAGGCUCGUUUACGCAGACGGAGGAGAAGAAGAAGCUAGAACCGUCCGUGUUUAGCAGACACAAAACAGGGCAAUACAAUGGAUCUGCGUUUAGGGUUUAUUGUCCAACUCCAAUUCAUCCUUUGUCACACGACCAGAAUAAGACAAAGAACGGUUCGUGUUCGAGUAAUCAGAUGUCAUCAGGAUUCCAGUUCACUAACACAUCACAGGUAUCGGGUUCGAUGGCUAAACCUCCGCUUUCGUCAAAGAGAAGGUGUAAUUCCUCAUCCUCCAGCCGUUGCCAUUGUUCCAAGAAAAGGAAUUCCAGAGUGAAAAGAGUGAUAAGAGUUGCUGCGGUGAGCAUCAAAAUGGCUGAUAUUCCAUCAGACGAGUAUUCGUGGAGAAAGUACGGUCAAAAACCCAUCAAAGGUUCCCCUCAUCCGCGGGCGUAUUACAAAUGCAGCAGCGUAAGAGGGUGUCCCGCGCGUAAGCACGUGGAGCGUGCACUAGACGACCCAAUGAUGCUCAUCGUCACGUACGAGGGAGACCACAACCAUGCUUUGGUGCUCGAGACGCAUCCCCACAAAACUCUUUAA